AUGAAAGACUUUCAGCAGCUGCAUGCGCGCUUCAGACACACCAUCAGGUAUUUGCUGCUGUCCAACCUGCCGGAACAUCUGCAGCAGCCAGAGGCGCUGCUGGAGUGGCACCACAAGGUGGUAGAGCAGCCGCUGGAGGUUCUCAUAGAAAUAAUAAGGCCCGAGCAGCAGCAGCAGCAGCAGCAGCAGCAGGAGGGGGCCGGCCCGCAGGGCGAGGGACAGUCGGAGGCAGCGUCAGGCGCUCCUGCUGCUGCUGACGGAGCAGCAGCAGCAACGCAGGAGGGGGAGACCCCGGCUUCUGCGGCCAGCAGCGACGCAGCAGCAGCAGCGGACACUGCAGCAGCAGCAGACGCUGCAGCAGCGGCAGACACUGCAGCGGUAGCAGCAGACACUCCAUCAGCAGCGGACACUGCAGCGGCAGCCGACAAAUCAGCAGCAGCAGAUCAGUCACAAGAGAAGAACGGAAGUGCUGCUGCAGCAGCCGAGGCCGAGAGUUCCCCUGCUGCUGCUCCAGCAGUAGCAGCAGAAGCGGCCACAGGCGAAGCAGCAAGUGCCCCGGGCGCCGCCGCAGACUCUGCAGCAGGAGAAGGCGCACCUGUCGCGGAAAGCAGCAGCAGCAGCAGCAGCGGCAGCAGCAGCAGCAGCAGGGCGGAGAAGCGCCUGCGGGCGCAGCGGCUUCGGCAGCGCCGGCCAACGCGGUCUUGUGGGUCGGCAACUGCCGCGGUGGGCCAGCAGCAGCAGCAACAGCAGCAGCAGCAGCAGCAGCAGAAGCAGCAGAGGCAGUCGUACUGCUUCGGGCCCCUCGACCGCUUUCAGUUUUUGCUGGAGCGCGGCUGCGGCUUUGUGCACUUCGCCCGCACUGCUGAUGCUGUUGAGGCCCGCAACCACCUGCACGGGGUCACUGUCGGCGGCGUGUCGCUGAACGUGGACUUUUCUCCUUCUGGCCAGGCCCCUUUUUGCGACAAGAAAACUGCAGCGCAGCGGCAGCGGGAAGACCGCCACAGGGGGCCCCCCGUCUAUGCGCAUGCGCAGUACCCUCCCAGGAGGGGCCCCCCCCCGUACGCAGAUGACCUGGGGGCCCCCUUUGGGGGCCCCUAUGGGGGACCCCCCAGAGAGCGGGACAGAGAGCGGCACAGGGAAAGGGAAAGAAGGUCUUCUGGGGGUUCUCCAGAGGCCCACAAGGAGGGCGACAAGAGCAACGCGAAGAGCAGCAGCAGCAGCAGCAGCAGCAGCAGCGUGGGGGGCGGCAUCACCAGCGACUUGCUGUCGCUGCUGCGGCAGCGGCUUCUGAGCGGCGCUGCUGGUGGCCCCGCGAAAGACGAGGCGGGCGAGGACAGCAAGCGCAGCAGCAGCAGCAGCAGCAGCGCAGUGGCAGCAGCAGCAGCGGCGGCGGCGAAGGGCAGCAGCAGCGGCGGGAAAGACCCGCUGCUGCAGCUGCUGCAGCUAGACAUUGCCAGAGAAAGGCUGCAGAAGCAGCUAGGGGACCGCAGCAAGAAGGGGGGCCCCCUUGAGGGGGCCCCCUCCCCGCGCUGCAGCUCUGCUGAGAGGCCCCUGGAGGCCCGGGGCUCCCGGGGGGGCCCCCCGGAGGAAGCAGCAGCACGGCAGCGGGGGGGCACCCCCGAGAGCAGCAGCAGCAGCAGCAAAGCCCGGCGAUCUGCGCGCAGCAGCAGACGCAGCCGCAGCAACUCAAGGGGAGACAAAAGAAGCAAAAGCAGCAGAAGGCGCCGCAGGAGCCGCAGCAACUCUGCAGACUCUCACCCCCGCGAGCGCGGGGCCUGCGAAGACCAGCAGCAGCAGCAGCAGCAGCAGCAGCAGCAGCAGCACCGACACGAGAGGCGCAGCAGGUCGCCCUCCGCAGGACACACUGGGGGUAAGUGGGGCUCCAAACUCCCCGUUUUGCCCUUAACCGCCCCCUUGCUGCUGCUGCUGCUGCUGCUGCUCUAG